ACUCCAAUUGGUCGAUAGCGCCUGGACUACAAGGUCCGUAUUCAAUCAACGACGAGGAAAUGACUUGCGUUUCAAGCCUCGUUACAGUUUAGUGACAACCAAUCAGACACUUUGUUUGAGUGGGUCAGAGGGUGGAAUGUUUCUAGAACGAGGUGAGGAACGCAGCUACGGCGGUGUAGUAAUGAGCGCUCUAAAGCGGGUUAAACGGGAACCGGAGGAGGAAGACGAAGAAGAGGGAGGUUCUUCAAAAUAUGGUCGCUAUGAACCUGAAGACAGACGCAGUCGGCAUUGCCCAUAUCUGGACACAAUCAACAGGAGCGUCCUGGACUUUGACUUUGAGAAACUCUGCUCCAUCUCCCUGUCGCACAUCAAUGCUUAUGCAUGUCUGGUGUGUGGGAAAUAUUUCCAGGGUCGAGGCUUGAAAUCGCAUGCGUACAUCCACAGCGUUCAGUUCAGUCACCAUGUCUUUCUCAACCUGCACACACUGAUGUUUUACUGCUUGCCGGAUAAUUACAAGAUCAUAGACUCUUCUCUAGAAGAUAUUACGUAUGUCUUGAAACCAACUUUUACAAAGCAGCAAAUUCGUAAUCUGGACAAACAGGCCAAGCUUUCCCGAGCAUAUGAUGGUACCACUUACCUUCCAGGCAUCGUGGGACUCAAUAAUAUCAAAGCUAACGAUUACGCCAAUUCUGUAUUGCAGGCUCUUUCUAAUGUACCUCCCUUGAGAAACUAUUUUCUGGAGGAAGAAAACUAUCGGGGAAUCACUCGGCCACCAGGGGAUAUUAUGUUUCUGUUGGUGCAAAGAUUUGGGGAGUUGAUGCGUAAGCUGUGGAACCCUAGGAAUUUUAAAGCCCACGUGUCCCCACAUGAGAUGUUACAGGCUGUGGUUCUUUGUAGCAAAAAAAACUUCCAGAUCACCAAACAAGGUGAUGGAGUUGAUUUUCUUUCGUGGUUUCUGAAUGCUCUUAAUUCAGCUCUUGGGGGUGCAAAGAAAAAGAAAAAGACUAUUGUUACUGAUGUGUUCCAAGGAUCAAUGAGGAUAUUUGCCAAGAAGUUGCCACACCCUGAUUUGCCUGCAGAGGAGAAGGAGCAGCUGAUGCAGAAUGAAGAGUACCAGGAGAAAAUGACAGAGGCUCCCUUUAUGUAUCUUACCCUGGACCUGCCCACCGCUCCCCUGUACAAGGAUGAGAAGGAGCAACUGAUUAUCCCUCAGGUUCCCCUCUUCAGCAUUCUGGCAAAGUUUAACGGCAUCACAGAAAAGGAGUAUAAGACUUACAAGGAGAAUUUCCUGAAGCGAUUUCAAUUAACCAAGCUUCCUCAUUAUUUAAUAUUCUGCAUUAAGCGAUUCACCAAAAAUAACUUCUUUGUGGAGAAAAAUCCAACCAUUGUGAACUUCCCUAUCACGAAUGUUGACUUGCGUGAAUACCUGGCAGAGGAAUUCCAGUCUGUACACAAAAAUACAACCUAUGACCUCAUUGCCAACAUAGUGCAUGAUGGGAAACCCAAUGAGGGCUCAUACCGUAUACAUGUCCUACACCACGGCACGGGGAAGUGGUAUGAGCUUCAGGACCUGCAAGUGACGGAUAUCCUGCCCCAGAUGAUCACUCUAUCAGAGGCCUAUAUACAGAUAUGGAAGAGACGAGACGAUGAUGAGAAGAACCAACAGGGUGCAUGAGACCCAAAUGUCAGAUGUAAACCAAUGGGACGAGGACAGAAACGACCAUGGAGAGAGAUUUGAGAGAUGCUAUACGUGCAUUGCUAAACUAUUAAGAGCAAGAUCUUUCAAGAAAAUACUUCUGUCUGCGUAGCAGGCUUUUUGUUAACUUGUACAGUGUAAAUAACUUAUCACAGUCUGGGAACUGACAUCUCGGAAUCUGAUGUUAAACCUGUCUUGUAUCUGCUCCAUCAAAAUAUCAACACCUUUGGCAGGCUUCACCUGCCUACGACUGCAGGUUCUCACAAGACAACCUGCACUCCGUAUUUAACAAACAGCGGUCAUCAGACCACUGCUUCCCUACCCUAAAAGGUGGUGAAUUCCAAUAUCCCCAUUCUCGUUUGACCGGGGAGAUUGACAGCUCCUGCCCGCACGUGAUUGGCUGUGCGCGGCAAGGGUGCAGCGUUACACACAUGAGCGCAAAUUAUUGCUUGUGUUCAAUGCUGAAUUCUGGCAUCUGAAUUCAGCACGCCAGAAGCGAGCUGUGGUGGACAGGGGCGCAUAUGUGCACCCCAUUCUGCCUUAGCUUGAUAAAUCGACCCCUAAUGACUAUUUGUCCGCCUCCUGUUUAGAACCAAGUUGUCACUAGUUCCAAAACAGCCCUUUCACACGUGCCUGGUGUGUUAGCCAGUGUACAGUGCAGCACAAACAAUAGGUUUACUUUUUGCUGUUAUUAUUUUUUUUUCCCACCAUUUACUUAUUCAUUUGUGUGUUUUGAGUGGGAAAAAACACUUCCCACUGAAUGCAUUUCAUACAGCCAGAUGUAAUGGUAUCUGUGUAUAUCUAGGUAAAUGUAUAUUGCUUUCAUUUCAAUGGAAUUGUCAACAGCUGUCCCGAUGAAGUCAGGUUGUUAGAUAAAGAAUAUUUUUUAAUAAACAUGUUUUUGUUAUAAUUUAA